GGAGCUCAAGUCCAACUCAGUGUACUUUACGGAAACACAAAAACAACAGGAAACCUCGCACGCCCUUCACUACCUCCCAGCUGCUGGCGCUGGAGCGCAAGUUCCGCCAGAAGCAGUACCUCUCCAUCGCCGAGAGAGCCGAGUUCUCCAACUCCCUCAACCUGACGGAGACUCAGGUCAAAAUUUGGUUUCAGAACCGGAGGGCCAAAGCCAAGAGACUGCAGGAGGCCGAGCUGGAGAAGUUUAAACUGGCCUCAAAGCCCAUCCUGCCCGCCUUUGCUCUGCCGCUCCCCCUCGGUGCGCACAUGGGCUCUCCAACGUGGGGCCCGUCAAACGCCUUCCCGAGGCCUAGUCUGCCGGUCCCGGGACUGUUCAGCGGACCCGUCACUUAUGGGAUGUACUAUUUGUCUUAG